AGCAACAACAAAACGUAGCUAGAGAAAAUCUGCCAGGGAGGGGGCAGAAGAACAAAACAAUGACACCGCCCGGCAGGACACCAACACAGUAACACUUUUAAAGACUUUUGUAACGGAAUCGCGCGGAUUUCUCUCCCGUUUUAAGCCAGUCAUUUCUGACAUACAGCCACGGUUUUAUUUAUGCUACUUCGGCUCAGUUGUCGGCAGAUUCGUGUCACUGAAGGCUAGCUGCUUGUUUGGACRAUAGCUAUCUGCUGGCUCGCUAAUAGCUGCUUUCCUUUGUAGAAAAGUUCAAAUAUCUGUAAGCCAAAUAUUUCUUCUUCUUCUCUCAAUUGUAAGCCGAAUUUCAAGGCAAGCUUUUGAAGGGUUAGCUUGCUAGUUAGCCUGCUAGCAUCAACAUUUGCACAUAUUUAUUUCAGGGAAAGCUCUUUGUCUUGGUCGGAAGUGAAUAAUUCAUUCUGUGUUAAUUUUCCUCAGUAAGUUAUCAGUGAAAAUAUUGUUAAAAGAAAAUUGAAGUGUUGUUUAUUAUUUUUUAUUUUAUUUAUCACCUAAAUGCCAACUGAACUUAUUGCACAAGUAUACUGAACGUAUCUAAAGGAGUCAGACUUUUUUGUUUGUCUGUUUGUUUGUUUACUCAGUAAAUCAACUUGUGUGAAAGUGUUGGAAUUGAAAUUGCAAAAGCACGUUUCACACUAUCACUGUUAAGGUUUGUGGCAAGCUUCCAUUAAAGUUAAAGCAUUUUGUCAUUUCAGAUCAGCAUUAGUGGAUGUUGAGUAUUUUAUUGGAACUAGCUGGUGCUGUUGUCAUAGCUGUUCCAAUAAGCACUAGUCUGUGUUUAGUUUCCCCUGUGAGGAACAAUGAGUGGCCAUGGYUCAUCCUCUGAAAAAGGAGUUAAUACUAGUCCAAUAUGUCAGGAAAGUUAUUCCUGUGGUGGUUCUGAAGAGGCUGUGUUUGAGUGCGAUGACUGCAAAAGCCUACAGUGUGUUCGGUGCGAGCUCGAGCUCCACAGACAGGAGAGUUUUACGAACCACGAGCGUGUCCCGAUAGGUCCUGGGCACGUGCCCUACUGUGACACCUGUAAAGGAGGUAACGGAGACAGUGGCAGGUGUCACAGAUCUGUGGUCCGCUGCCAGAAUUGCAAAGUCAAUUUGUGCCAAGACUGUCAGAAACGCACCCACAGUGGCAGCAGCAAGAAGAAACACCAGCUCACACCUUAUCCWCCACCACCCAAACCUGCAAAAGUCAACUCUGUCAAGAAAUCCGUUGAGCACGUUGUUCAAAUCAUCGAUGAGGCUGAGUCUCGUAGAACCAAACUUCUGGGGACGGUAUCCAGCUUUCUGCUUGUUGAUGAGAAUGAAGAUAUGCAGAUUAAAGACGAGGCUUCGUUCGUGGAGAGCCUCUGCUGUGACCCCGAUCAGCUGCUGAAGGUGGUCUCCAUCUUUGGCAACACGGGAGAGGGCAAAUCGCACACCUUGAACCACACGUUCUUCGCGGGUCGAGAGGUGUUCAAGACUUCCCCCGCGCAGGAGUCGUGCACGGUGGGCGUGUGGGCRGCAUUUGACCCCGUGCAUAAAGUCGUGGUCAUCGACACGGAGGGACUUCUUGGGAACAGCUCCAAACAGGGUCAGAGGACCCGUCUCUUACUCAAGGUGCUCGCCAUCUCCGACCUCAUCAUUUAUCGCACCCACGCAGACCGCCUCCACGACGACCUUUUCAAGUUUCUCGGUGAUGCGUCGGAUGCUUAUCUGAAGCAUUUCACCAAGGAGCUUAAAGCCACGACAGCCCGCUGUGGCUUGGACGUCCCGCUGUCCACCUUGGGCCCUGCGGUGGUCAUCUUCCAUGAGACUGUCCACACUAAGCUGCUGGGUUCAGAAAAAUCAUCAGAGUCAGUAGAUCGGCUGCUCCUGGAGCGCUUUAGGAAGCUUUCCCGUUACCCAGAAGCCUUCAGCUCUGUUCAGUAUCUGGGCACGCAGACUCUCAGCCCCCCUACAGACUUCCGUGGUUUGCAGAACAAACUGGAGCAGCUCCUGGACAACAAUGCUACCCGCUCCCCACGCACUCCAGUGGUCAUCUAUAAAGCCCUGCAGGCACUGAGUGAGCGCUUUAAUGGGGAGAUCUCAGGCGAGCCGGCUGCUCACAGCUGCUUCUUUCCUGAUGAGUACUUCACCUGCUCCAGUCAGUGUCUCAGCUGUGGGUCUAAAUGCAAGAAUAGUAUGAACCACCUAGGAGAAGGAGGCUGCCACGAUGCCAAGCAGCGCUGCUGUUACUCCUCUCUGUAUGACAAUCGCAUUUACACCUGUAAGGCUUGUUACGAAGGAGGAAAGGAAGUCAUGGUUGUCCCAAAGACCUCUGCUUCCUCAGACUCCCCGUGGAUCGGUCUUGCCAGAUUUGCCUGGUCUGGGUACGUUAUAGAAUGCCCAAACUGUGGCGUCAUCUAUCGGAGCCGUCAGUACUGGUAUGGAAACCAGGACCCMGUGGACACGGUUGUCCGCACUGAGAUCCACCACAUUUGGCCCGGAGCUGGUGGCUUUUUAAAAGACAACAGUAAUGCUGCACAGCGGCUUCUGGACGGUGUCAACCUAGUGGCCCAAUCUGUGUCAGAGCUCAGUGUCAAACCUGCCAAGGCUGUCACCUCUUGGCUGACAGAUCAGAUCGCCCCAGCCUACUGGAAACCCAACUCCCUCAUCUUAAUGUGCCACAAGUGUCACACAGUCUUCCAGGAUAAUGACACCAAGCAUCACUGCCGUGCCUGCGGGGAGGGUUUCUGUGAUGGCUGCUCUUCUAAAGCUGCGCCGGUCCCUGAGAGAGGCUGGGGUCCUGCUCCUGUUAGAGUCUGUGAUGGCUGCUUUGAGCAGAGAGCUUCAUACGCAGAAAUACUUGCAUCAGAUCUUGAGGAUGAAGAAGGCAGCACUCUUGCCAGGAAAGUUGGGGAGGCAGUUACCAACACUAUAGGAGUCGUGGUCACUGCUAUAGAUAUCCCUCUCGGACUUGUGAAAGAUGCAGCCCGUCCUGCCUAUUGGGUCCCUGACCAGGACAUCCUGUCCUGCCACAACUGCCAACGUGAGUUCACUGCCAAGCUGUCCAAGCACCACUGCCGCGCCUGUGGCCAAGGCGUGUGUGACGAAUGCUCCCCGGAGCGUCGAGCGGUCCCCUCUCGUGGCUGGGACCACCCUGUGCGGGUGUGCGCCGGCUGCAACCAGAACCCAGGAGAGCUUUAAUUUGGGGGCUUUCCCAUCCCCCGAGCACCGGAGAGAACCCCUCACUCAGCUGAAGCACACCUCUGCUACACUAAUGGUUCUGUCUCGUGUGUGUGUGUGUGUGUGUGUGUGGAAGGGAAAUCUUAGGGAAUACUUCAGAGUUUUGUGUGGCCUUCGUAGAACAGCCUGAACAUACGGAAUCUUAACCCCCACAGGUUUCACUCAGAUUAUUCGUAGACUCUUUGGUUAUUAUGGACGCGAAUCCUUAAAUUUUCCGUUAAACCAAGCUAUUGAUCUAUUUUUAUAUCAUUAAGAAAUAUUUUAAAAUGCAUCACAGACUGCUAAUUGAGAAUGUCAUGGUUUGUCAUGAUUAGUUCACAGCACCUUAAACCGUUUAGUUUUUCUUUUCUUUCUGGUGUGUACUGGCAGAAAGAUAUGUUAUGUUUGUGCAGGCAUACCUGCAGGUUCCGUUGCGUGCAUGCAUUGCUGCAUUUGAGUUUUUGCACUAAGCCUUUUUCAGCUGUUGUAGGCUGUUGCUUAAAAUGGUAAAAAACUAGAUAUCCAGGGAUUGAAGUUACCRCUUCCAGCCUGAGUUAAAGUCCUCAACAGUAGGUUCAACUUUUGGAUAUCUGGCGUGCCAAACAAAAAUAAAUAAAUAAAAAUCAUUCAGGUCAUUGUGUCUGUGCUGGUGUAAUGUUUAUAUUCUAUCAUUGUGGUUGAAUGAAUCAUAGACUUUCAGGUUUUCAAUGUUGACGACUAUUUAUAUAUCAUUAAUAAUAAUAAAAGAAACAGUCUAUCAUGCUUUGCAGUUUCAGAGAUCCACAGCCUUUUUACUUGUUUUGACAAUGACCUCUCCCAACAGGUUGCCUUUUAGUUUAUACAUGUAACAAAAUGUUUGYAUUUUUAUGUUUACAUUUGUUUUUCUGAGUGUUUGAGUUGUUAUUAAUAUUUGCUACCUGUUGAGGUGUCUGGAUGUAGUCUUCCAGGAGUGAAGAAUACUCAAAUUUCUCUUUAUAUUGUGUCUUCAUCAUUCAGGCACCACUCCAGCUCUCUGCUAGCUCAGUCCAACAGGAUAAAGAGACAAUUUUAUUCAUCCAUCUAUUACUAGUCUGUUACAUACCAUGUAUUUUUGUUUGAUGUUUGGCAUUUUAUGAAUAUUUUUAUUCUUUGUAAUGAAAGYAUGUGAACUGCACAUGCAUUAUGUUUUUUGUCAAUGUUUGUCAAACAGUCCUGCAUUGAGUGACAGAGCUUUACCCAAACUUGCAUCGUUAUUAGUUUAUUUAUUGCCAAGACCUUUACAUGCAAAUGCCAGACAAAGCACAAGAUGAUGCCUUUUGAACUAAAGUUUGUACUUUGUUGUUGAAAACAAGCAAAACUAGGUCUUUGCCAUGUAGAUUUUGUAGGUAAUGUUCUUUCUCUUUUUGAUUGUGAUCUUUGAUGAGAAAACAUUGUGUCUGGCUGGUCUUAAAAUAGAUUUGUCUGAGUGUUCAACACCCCCCUUCUGAUAUGCUAAUAUUGCGCACACACACAAAAAAUAAUAAUAAAAUAAGAAUAGGAAUUGUGUUAGAUUACUUGCACUGGAUUUUAUUCRUAUGCACAUUAGUGCUGUCUGUUUCUUUUAAUCUCUCCUACAGUGUUUGAAAUAUUUCAUGCAGCUUUUUUCAAUCAGAAGGGUGCUACAAACAAUACUCCUCUUCAAAUCAAGCAGGAGUUACUGAUAAAUGGUUGAAAAAAUGGAAUGAAAUUGUGUAAAACUCACAAAAGAAUAAAGCUGUGUCAACAUCCUCAUGUCAAAACAUAA